AUGUCAUCACUUCCACCUAAACUAACAACUUUUUCAGAUAAGCCUCAUCCUUGGGAAGUCAUCAUUAUAGGCAAUGGUCCUUCUGCUAUUUGUCUGUCAUUUCUUCUGUCUGGAUUUCGUCCCUACUACAAUGGCAUGCCACAUCCUGUGCCAUUCUUAGAAGAAAAACUGAACAACUUAAAAAAUAAGUCAAUUGUUGAAGCUGAUUUAUAUGAUCUAGCCCAAGGCUUGGAAGGACGGUCAACCAACCCAAUUGCAGUAUUAUUUGACCACUUACUUCAUCCUGAUGCUGACAGAGGAGCUAUAAAUUCAUCUUUACUUCAUUGGGUACAAGAAGAGGAACAUGCAAUUCCACAUAUUGUGUUAGGAAAAUGGGCACCUGGAGGCUCUUGGCAGCAAAUGGAUGGAAAUUUACAGACUAUAAGUAUCAGUAAUUGGAUGGAACUACCUUCCUUGCCUUUGAAUGAAUGGCUCAAGUCCAAAAAAGACCAGGUAAUUGGGACAAACGGCAGGAAAGCCAAUAGAGCAACUGUGGCUGAUGUUCCUUAUAACUUAUCCACCUUUUAUUCUUUUUUUUUUACUUAUCGUUCAAGUUGCAUUCCUUAA